GCGGCCGUUGGCCCCUCUCCUCGGCGUUAACGUUGCCGGCAGUAACCGGAUUGGCGCGUUGUCGGAUCGCCGAGCCGUCCGUCGCGUCCGGGGCUCAAACGCGAUCAUACAGUUACCGGUGGAAGACGUGCCCUCUGCGUGGUUAGCACGUUCGCGCGUUCAAUCGAAGCUUAAGCUGCUGUGUCCGUUGUUCCGUGCAGUUUCAAUUCUGACGAUUGGUUUCGAUUCCGUGCGUAAAGGUGAAUGGGUAUAAAAUUUUGGAAACGUAGCCUUUUGGUGUGUUAAAUUGUUGUGAAAGCGUGGACUCUGGAAGUGCUUCUUGAAACGUGAUCGCGCAGCAAAACAGGACAGUGAUCGGAAGCAAUUAAAGUAACCAAAUUCUAGUGCGUGUUGUGAAACACGGUCCCACGGAUCCGCGGCGGGUGUGUAGAUCGAGAUCGAGAUGCGUAGCGUACGCGGAAGCUUCACCAUCGGGCGGUUGGCGAUUUAUCCGAAGAACUCCAACAUUCGUACUGGAUCCAUUUGUCUUGUAUCAUCCUCCGCCAUCAGCAGCAGCAGUAGCAGCAUUAGCAGCAGCAACAGUAGCAACCAUCAUCAGUUCCAACCGUCACACCAUCUCCAUUCACAAUGCUGCUCGCAUCAUCAGUCUUGCAACGGCGGUAGCAGUAACAGCAGAACGAUCAGCGCCCAUAGCCACAGUAGCAACAGAAUCAUAAGCGCGUAUCCGGCGGUGGUACUAUGCUAUCCUUCAAUCGCCGCCACUGCUGCAUCAUCGGACGUGGCCACACGCCGUUCGUUCCACGUCUCAUCGGUCUGUGAUAAAUCGUCCUCGAAAGAUGGUGGAAGUGGUGGUGCUGGUGGAGGAAACGGCAAUACGCCCGGUUCGGGAUCGUCCGGUGGAAGCAGCGGCGCCUCAUCCGGUAGCAGUGGCUCUUCUUCCGUCGGUGGUUCGGCAGCGGGUGGUGGUGGCAAAGACGGUGGCAAGGAACCACCGAACAAGAAGAACACACUGUCCUGCCCCAAGUGUGGCGAUCCGUGUACGCACGUCGAAACGUUCGUAAGCUCGACGCGCUUCGUUAAAUGCGAAAAGUGUCACCACUUUUUCGUCGUUCUCUCGGAGGUGGACUCGAAGAAGACGAUCAAGGACACGGAAACGAAGGGCGCUCGGAAACCACCGCCACCACCGAAGAAGAUCAUGGAGUAUCUGGAUCGGCACGUCGUUGGGCAGGAUCUGGCGAAGAAGGUUCUCUCGGUGGCCGUGUACAAUCACUACAAGCGCAUCUACCACAAUCUGCCACCGCCGGUGUCAGGGUCGGCGAGUAGUUCGCAGCAGCAACAGCAGCAGCUCGAUUCGAUGUCACGCAGUGGCGAUCUGUUGCACAUUUCGGGCAUCGGGCACACGAUGAUGAGUUCGGCACCGUCCGAAGUACCGCGGCCACCGAUGGGCGCUGGUGCGGGACAGGGUGGAAGUGGUGCUGCGCAUCAUCCCGGCUCGGAGCUACUGGAUAAGAAGACGCACGAGCUGAAGCUGGAGAAGAGCAACAUCCUGAUGUUGGGGCCCACGGGUUCGGGUAAAACGUUGCUGGCGCAAACGAUUGCCAAGUGCCUGGACGUACCGUUUGCCAUCUGUGAUUGUACGACGCUAACGCAGGCCGGUUACGUCGGUGAGGAUAUCGAGAGUGUGAUCGCGAAGCUGCUCCAGGAUGCUAACUACAGCGUCGAGCGAGCACAAACCGGAAUUGUGUUCCUGGAUGAGGUGGACAAGAUCGGUGCCGUUCCCGGGAUACACCAGCUGCGCGAUGUUGGUGGUGAAGGCGUCCAACAGGGAAUGCUUAAGAUGCUUGAGGGUACGAUCGUGAAUGUACCGGAGCGCAAUUCACCGCGUAAGCUGCGUGGUGAAACGGUGCAGGUCGAUACGACCAACAUUCUGUUCGUUGCUUCUGGUGCGUACACCGGGCUAGAUCGUCUGAUCGCGCGAAGGCUGAAUGAGAAGUACCUUGGCUUCGGAAUGCCAGCGAGCUCCUCGGAGGGACGACGUGCAGCGCAAGCCUCGGCUUCUCCCAUGGACAACGAUCAGGCCGAACGGGAUGCUAACUUGAAAAAGGUGCAAGCUAAGGAUCUUGUCGAGUUUGGAAUGAUUCCUGAAUUCGUUGGUCGAUUCCCCGUGCUGGUACCUUUCCACAGUCUCGAUGUGGAUAUGCUGGUGCGCAUUUUGACUGAGCCACGGAACGCGCUGGUACCGCAGUACAAAGCACUGCUCGGUAUGGAUCAGGUCGAGCUCUCGUUCACCGAUGAGGCUCUGAAACAGAUCGCUCAGCUCGCCAUGGAACGGCAAACGGGAGCCCGUGGUCUUCGGGCAAUUAUGGAAACACUGCUGCUUGAGCCAAUGUUCGAAGUACCCGGAUCGGACGUCAAAGGUGUCAGCAUUACGGAGGAAAGUGUUCGCGGUGGUGAACCGGUGUACGUUCGUCGCGGAGAAUCGAAUGGCACGAACAAGGAUUCAUCCGAUGCGACAGGUGAUGCAUCGACUCACGGUAGUACCACCACGUCGGAAGAGGAAGAAAAUACGAAAGUGCGUGUAAAGCAGUAGAAGAAGUGUCGUGUUCGAGUGACCCCAUCGAGCCGAAUGGAGAUCCAAUCAUAACAUGAGUAGAUUGAAAUUGUACAUAAAUGGAGCUUUCAUACGGCCGCGUUCCUGAUCUUUCUGAGCCCCUCCCAAUGAUGAUUAUUCGAUAAUCCUCUUCCUCUUGACGCACUCUAGACAUUAGGGAUUGUGUGGUGAACUCGUUCAAAACUCGUCGCUCAUUCGCUCAAGCUCAUCUCCAUCGAGCGUCAGUUGCUAGCUACUUCUUCUAAUAUAUAGACUUGGCUUUAACGUUCCUUGAAACAGUGAGUCAGCUGUUAGUUAAGCGACUGCAAAAGUGUUGAGAAACAAAACUACGAUCAAUCGAUGCCGUUACGCGAGUCGUAUCAAGACUAAUCUUGUAGGUCAGGGAAGCAUCACUACUUGUGACCCAUCUUUAGCUCCCUAGCUGUUUUCCUUCUAAUUAGGAUAGCGGGCAUUGCCCGGUUUUUGCCAGCAAAGCAGCACAUGGAUCGUUAGCGAAGAAGCGAAUGUUAGAAACACAAAACCAAAACACCAAAACAGCAAGAUUCCGUUAACCGAUACUCGUUCGCAAAAAGUUAAUACAAAAAAGGGAAUGCUUCACAGGACGGUCUGGUACAUCUGGUCUCAUGAAAGCUGUCGCUUAAUGGUGCUUCGACAGAGAGCGAGAGAGAACGAAAGAUAAAACAGGCAAUGAGAGGGUUCACAAAAACACGCAAAUCAAAACCGUGAUUAUAUUGAAAUAUUAACGAGCUGGUCGCUGCUAUCGCCAGUGGUGAACCUCCACGUUAUGACGACAUAAGUGGACAAGCGAAAACAAAAACAUCCUAUCGUAACGACCGCGGCACAAGGUGCGAGAUCAUCGCGGCCAGCGGUUUGUUAUGUGUGUGGCUGUAUGAAAAAAAGGGAUAGUGGCUGCACGGCUACGGUACAACAACGAGAGUGGUUUAGCUCGCAGUUCCACGCUCCACAGUGUACGGUGAUCAUAAAACGAGCGUUAAACAAGAGAAAGUGUAAUUAGAGUUAUAUGUAAAAUCCAAUUAGGUUUUUUAGUCAGUAGAGUUUUCUUCCUUCCUUUUUCUUUCACUAUCCAACUUUGUCUCGUUUACUUUUUAUCGUACAUACAAGCCCUAGCGGCAACGUUCCACAUGGAGCUUGUAGGUUGAGUAGGACGUAAGUGACAAGAAAACUGAAAAAAACAAUAAAAAAAAUCUCACAAACUCUGA